GCAUUAGCUCACGCGGACUGGCUCGGUCUCUGAGUGCUGAGUCGAGGAUCUGUUCAGAGUCAGUUCUCACACACGGAGCGGUGCUUUAGCCACGGAGAGAGCCGGGAGCCCGCACUCAUCCCCGGGCACACACUCCGGCACACACCUCCGGCCUCUGCCGUGCCGGGCUGCUACGGGACACUUUAACGGAGCGGGAAGUGCGUAGUUCACAUCUGACUGUUGUAAAGCCCAGAGCCACGAUGGACCCGAGAGACUCUGCCCCUGACUCCUGGGAACAAGAGGACGAGGUGGACGGGCAGCUGGGACCGGCCCUGACCGGCCUCAACGUGAACGCCAAGCCGUUUGUGCCCAAUGUGAACGCCGCGGAGUUUGUGCCGGCGUUCGCCGCCAGUGCGCCCUCGGAAAGCCUCGCUGUGGAGGUGUCGGUGGAAGCCCUUUCCAACAUGGAGGUGUCGGACAGCAAUGCUCCAGUGGAGAAUGGUGACACAGACAUGAACACAGAACAGCCCUGGGACCAGAAAGAAGAGGAGGCCAGUGAGGAGGAGCCGGGGGGCUGCAGGGAUCGGGGCCCGGACGAGGCCGCCUCAGAGGGUGCCUCCGAGGGCAUGGACGAGGAGGAGGAUGUGACAGCACCCAAACCACAGCCCCCAGCCCAACCUGAUGCACCUAAGAAGGAGCACAUCAAUGUGGUGUUCAUCGGCCACGUGGAUGCUGGCAAGUCCACCAUCGGAGGGCAGAUCAUGUACCUGACGGGCAUGGUGGACAAGAGGACACUGGAGAAGUACGAAAGGGAGGCCAAGGAGAAGAACAGAGAGACCUGGUACCUGUCUUGGGCACUGGACACCAACCAGGAGGAGCGGGAUAAAGGGAAGACGGUAGAGGUGGGGCGGGCCUACUUUGAGACCGACAAAAAGCACUUUACCAUCCUGGACGCCCCAGGACACAAGAGCUUUGUCCCCAACAUGAUCGGAGGAGCCUCUCAGGCAGACUUGGCUGUGCUGGUGAUCUCAGCGAGGAAAGGAGAGUUUGAGACUGGCUUUGAGAAGGCUGGGCAGACACGGGAGCAUGCCAUGUUGGCCAAAACAGCAGGGGUCAAGCACCUCAUUGUCCUGGUCAACAAGAUGGAUGACCCCACAGUCAACUGGAGCCUGGAGAGAUAUGAAGAGUGUAAAGACAAACUAAUGCCAUUCCUAAAGAAAGUGGGCUUCAACCCAAAGAAAGACAUUCACUUCAUGCCCUGCUCAGGGCUGACGGGGGCCAACCUGAAGGACCCCACGGACCUGUGCCCCUGGUACAUAGGAUUACCUUUCAUUCCACACCUGGAUAGCCUGCCAAACCUGAACAGAUCCAGAGACGGGCCGGUCCGAUUGCCUAUAGUAGACAAGUAUAAGGACAUGGGCACUGUGGUGCUGGGCAAACUGGAGUCUGGCUCCAUCAUUAAAGGCCAGCAGCUGGUCAUGAUGCCCAACAGGCAUGUGGUGGAGGUGCUGGGCCUGCUGUCUGACGAGGUCGAGACAGAAGAUGCAGGACCAGGGGAGAACCUGAAGAUCCGACUCAAAGGCAUCGAAGAGGAGGAGAUCCUGCCCGGCUUCAUCCUGUGCACCCCAGACAACCUGUGCCACUCAGGACGCAUCUUUGAUGCACAGAUCGUAAUCAUCGAGCACAAGUCCAUCAUCUGUGCGGGCUAUAACGCAGUGCUGCACGUGCACACGUGCAUCGAGGAGGUGGAGAUCACGGCCUUCCGCUGUCUGGUGGACAAAAAGACGGGAGAGAGGAGCCGCACGCGGCCACGCUUCGUCAAACAGGACCAGGUGUGCAUCGCCCGACUGCGCGCAGCAGGAACCAUCUGUCUGGAGACCUUCAAGGAUUUCCCUCAGAUGGGCCGCUUCACCCUGAGAGACGAAGGAAAGACCAUCGCCAUCGGGAAGGUGUUGAAGCUGAUCACAGAGCGGGACUGAAUGCCUCAGGACCUCCUCAUGUCCUCCUCAUGGUUCUUCUGCUGCAGAGCCACAGGAGAUACUCCACAGCUCUGUCCUCUGAGGCAGACACCAGACAAACUUACGGAAAAUCCAACCCGUUUUUACUAGACCAAGAACAAGACUACACGAGUCGGCUUUCUCAUAUUGAGAGCUCAGCUAUGCCAUUCACCCAAACACAUUACAUUUCCAUUUUCUUCCAUGUCUUUUUGUGCAUACAUACAUGACACUGACCAAUGGUAGCUGUAUCUGCGGUCAGACGUGGACCAGAGUUUUGCUUGGAAGAUGAUUUGAGCAUAAAUUGCAGAUGAAUGAUUUGAAUCCCUGAGACCAGAGUCUCCUUUGCUUUGACCUUUGGUUGUGUGGCGUUCAGCGUGUGCUCGAGCGUGUGCAAAUGUUAUUAAAGCCACAACUAUGACAAUAAACGUCUAACAUUGGGAA